CCUGAGGAGCCCCCCAGAGAGACACACCCACUGGACAAGCAUGAGGAGUGCAGCCAAGCCCUGGAACGCAGUCGCCAAAGUGGGGAGCCAUGGGAGUGACCGCGCACGGCCCCUUGCCACAGCCGCCUCUGGCAUGAAGAGUUCUAAGUCUUCAACCUCGCUGGCGUGCGAGUCCCAGCUCAGCAAGCUCAAGAGGGCCAGCAGUGAGGACAUGCUCAACAAGCCGGGGAGUACUGCCGCUUCCGGGGUAGUUCGCCUGAAAAAGACUUCAACAGCCGGAACCCUCUCCGAGCUCACUGAGAGCCGCCUGAGGAGCCACCCAGGGUCUGUGACAACAACCAAACGCACAGGCAUUCCAGCUCCUCGAGAACUUUCAGCAACUAUCUCAAGAGAGAGAACUGUGCCACGUGGUCCCUCCAACCCAAAGAAAUCGGUGUCUAGUCCAACUUCUUCCAGUGCACCCACCCCUACCAAGCACCAGAGGCCCACGUCCGCAAGGCCCAAGCCGGAGAACGAAGGUGGAGAAAAGGCUGUGCUCGAGGCCCACGUUCGGGAGCUUUUGGCAGAGGCCAAAGCCAAAGACGGUGAAAUCAGCAGGCUUCGGAGUGAACUGAGGAAAUGCAGGGAGAAAAGGACUCCGAACACUGGAGGGAGCGACGCUCUGGACCCAAAGGUGGACGGAGCAUCAGUCUCACCAGGUGACUCUGAGCCUUUGAUACAAGCUCUUGAGGAGAAGAACAAGAAUUUUCAGAAAGAGCUUGCCGAUCUAGAGGAGGAAAACCGGGCCUUGAAGGAGAAACUGAGCUAUUUUGAGCAUUCACCCAGCUCAGAAGGGGCUUCCAGCCACACCGGUGACAGCAGCUGUCCAACAUCCAUCACCCAGGAGUCAAGCUUGGGGAGCCCUCCUGGGAACCCGCUGUCAGGUGAGGUAGAUGAGUGUAAAAAACACGCCCCCCAAAGUGUGUUACGGACGUCGGGCUCUUCAAGUAGCGAUGUCACCAAAGCUUCUUUGUCGCCGGAUGCCUCCGACUUUGAGCACAUCACGGCGGACACCCCCUCUCGGCCCCUGUCUUCCACGGGCAGCGCCUUUAAGAGCUCCCGGUGCUCCACCACCGGGAGUUCCCCCAACAACGCGAGCCAGCUGUCCCUGGCCUCCCUCACGGAGAAGAUACAAAAGAUGGAGGAAAAUCAUCACAGCACAGCAGAAGAACUGCAGGCUACUCUACAGGAAUUGUCAGACCAGCAACAAAUGGUGCAGGAAUUGACAGCGGAAAAUGAGAAGCUGGUGGACGAGAAGACGAUUUUGGAAACUUCCUUUCAUCAGCAUCGAGAGAGGGCAGAGCAGCUAAGUCAUGAGAAUGAGAAGCUGAUAAAUCUCUUACAAGAGCGAGUCAAGAAGGAGGAGCCCAGCACUCAGGAAGGAAAAGUCCUGGAGCUAGAGCAGAAGUGCACAGAGAUCCUGGAGCAGGGCCGCUUCGAAAGGGAGAAACUUCUCAACAUUCAGCAGCAGCUGACCUGCAGCUUGAGGAAGGCUGAGGAGGAAAAUCAAGGGGCGUUAGAGAUGAUCAAACACCUGAAGGAAGAAAACGAAAGACUGAAUGGGUUUCUGGAACGGGAACAGCAGAACAGCAGCGUGAUGGCCCAGACUCUGGAAGAGUGCACAGUGACCCUGGAAGGGCUGAAGCUGGAAAACGGGUCUCUGAAGGCUCACUUGGAGAAUGAGAAGCAAAAAGCUAUGGAGGCCAGUUCUGUGGGGCAGACGGCAGAGGGCUGUGAAAUUCAAGAAAUGCUGAAAGCAGCUCGAGCUGAGAAAGAUCAGCUGGAACUGUCUUGCACUGAGCUCAAACAAGAAUUACUAAAGGCACAUGGUGACCUUAAACAUGUUUCAAGUCUACUAGCCAAGGUGGAGAAGGAUUAUUCUUACUUGAAGGAGAUAUGUGAUCAUCAAGCGGAACAGCUGAGCAGAACCAGCCUCAAACUACAAGAGAAAGCAUCAGAGAGUGAUGCAGAGAUUAAAGACAUGAAGGAAACUAUAUUUGAAUUGGAAGAUCAGGUGGAACAGCAUCGAGCUGUCAAGUUACAUAAUAACCAGCUCAUCAGUGAGCUAGAAAGCAGUGUGAUGAAGCUGGAGGAACAGAAAGCAGACCUGGAGAGGCAGCUGAAGACUCUGACCAAGCAGCUAAAGGAGGAAACCGAGGAGUGGAGGCGCUUCCAGGCGGACCUGCAGACCGCGGUGGUGGUGGCCAAUGACAUCAAGUGUGAGGCCCAGCAGGAGCUGCGCACUGUGAAGAGGCGGCUGCUGGAGGAGGAGGAGAAGAACGCGAGGCUGCAAAAGGAGCUGGGGGACAUGCAGGGCCAUGGCAGACCUGUGCGUGCGGAGCCGGAGCCCGAGGCCACCGCCCCCGGCUGCUGGCCCGGCGUCUUCGUCAGCAGAGCCCCCGCAGCGCCUUUGGAGCCCGCCACCACCGUGAAGUCCCUCAUCAAGUCCUUUGACUUGGGACACCCAGGUGGAGCCGGACAGAAUGUUUCGGCCCACAAGCCGCCCAGAAGCCCCCUGAGCGGAAUACCAGUGAGGACGGCCCCAGCGGCCGCCGUGUCUCCAAUGCAGAGGCAUUCCACCUAUAGCGGCAUCCACCCAGCCAGCAAAGGAGUGGCCCAGCGCCUGGAUCUUCCCGACCUGCCCCUCUCAGGUCUUCUGAAGGGAAGAGCUGACACCCUGAAGCCAGACCCUUAUCUCCGCAAGAGCCCCUCCCUGGAGUCGCUGAGCAGACCCCCGGCCCUGGGCUUCGGAAGCACGCGGCUGCUGAGCACGUCCACCGGGGGCCUGAGGCCGCCCAGCAAACUCAGUGUGGGAAGAAGAGACCCUCUGGCCGCGCUGGCCCGGGAGUACGGUGGCUCGAAGCGCAACGCUCUGCUGAGAUGGUGCCAGAGGAAGACAGAAGGCUACGCGAACAUCGACAUCACCAACUUCAGCAGCAGCUGGAGUGAUGGCCUGGCCUUCUGCGCGCUCCUGCACACCUACCUGCCGGCCCACAUCCCGUACCAGGAGCUGAGCAGCCAGGAGAAGAAAAGGAAUCUCUUGUUGGCAUUUGAAGCAGCCGAAAGUGUAGGCAUUAAGCCCAGCCUGGAGCUCAGCGAGAUGCUGCACACGGACCGGCCGGACUGGCAGAGCGUCAUGCAGUACGUCGCCCAGAUCUACAAGUACUUCGAGACCUAAGCCCGCAGGCCGCCACCGCGGCCCCGGAAGCCCGGUCCCUCCGCAGGCCUGCUCUCACGUCCACGGCCCGGCCGCUGGGUGUCAGAGGAAGGUUCUGCCCGGGGUCCAGCUGACAAAUGAGAUAGAGCUGGCUCCACCGUGCACCCACCUUGAAUCAAGAUGCGUUUGGGGUGUGAGUCGGGGAAGUUUGCUCUCCAGGGCCCCCUCCUUCCAGACCCAGGAGACCCCCGGGGGCAUGCCCAGCCGUGUGGCCUCUGCUGGAGCCGCCCUGGCAGCCACAGGGACAGCAGCCCUUCCUGCCAGCGUCCCGGCUUUGGCCUCUAUAAAAGCCUUGCCCUUCCUACCACCCACCCCCUCCAAAACACCCACCAAAACACAAGCAGCGGUUCGCUGUGGUCUCGGUAGCUGCUGCUCCCCGAGAGCUCGGUCGCCGUCUGAGAGCGCUGCCCUGUGCGUGCUGGGAGGGUGGAACAGGACGUGGGAGGAGGGGAAGGAGCCCCAGGUCAUGUCUUCACUGCCCCUGCGGGCCUCCAUGUGGGCCUGGCUCUCCCAGCGGGCGGCGGGGCAGGUGGGAGCCUGGCUCUCCGGGCAGCCGCUCACUCACAGCUGCCUGUGCUCUUGCCGAAGGGAAACUGCAGUGACUUCAUCUCAUCCAUCUGUCCUGCCAUUUGCUCCGCUCCCAUUCUCAGCCUCACACACUCGUCCCACGUGCAGAGUCGAAAGACAGAGGACACUCGUGUGAAACCCCUAAGUCUGCGGGGGGUUGGGGUAAUUGUGCCGUGAAACCGCCUGCAGGUGUGUUUCUUGGGAUACUGGGCAGACAGCAAAUGUAAACGUGUCAACGUUAGACUUGUUCAGCGUGUAAUACAUCAGCUGGCCUUCAUGUUUGCGUGGCAGCAGGGUGGUCAGCGGCGGGAGGCAGCUCCUCUGUGUCCAGUCACUGAGCGCAGCAGAGCCCCUUGGCAGCCCAUUCGCCUGGGAGGACUCUGAGCCCCGGCGGUUCUCUGGUGCUCUCGGGGGCACAUGCAUGGCACACGGGGUAAAUGGGGGGAGCUCAUCAGGCCCUUCACUUGCUAACGAAGAUGCCCAUCGCUGUGUUGGUGCCCUAGACGGGGGUCAUUGUCAGCCACUGAGUUACAACAGCGCCGUCCCUGCCUAAGUCAGUCCUCAUGGGGGCCUGUCCCAGCCGGGCCGGAGGCUCAGGCCCAGCCCGUCCUGGGAGAGGCCAGUCCGGCCCUCCCUCCAGGCCACCGGCGGCCACCGCCCUCCGCACUGUGCAGGUUCCUCUUUGGAGGCUCCUGGGCGCGGGGAGCGCCGGGCCGGCCCAUCAGGGGUGGUCCUGCGUGUUGUCCGAGGCCCCGAGCCGGAGGAGAGGGCUCCGGCUGGUGCUGCUCUGCCUGCUCACCUGGCCCUCGCUUUCUGGGGGAAGCAGAGGUGCCGUCUGAAUGAGGCCCCUCCUGGAAUGAGCAAGUGAAAGCCUUGCUGGGCGCUUCCUGCCGGACAUUUGUCUCGCACGGCUCUGCCUGUCCCCACCGCUGUGGGCAGAGCGCCGGCGGGCGGAGGCUCUGUGCAGGAGAGCCUGAGGCCGGGGAGGGCGGCGUCAGCACCCUCAGGCCUGGGGUGGUGACUCCCACGGGAUUCAGCACAGGCUCAGGCACUGGCCUUUCCCCCCUCCAGGCGGGGCCCUCACCUUCAGGUUAAGAAGAGGGGAAAUGUCACACAAGAGGAAGACCAUGUGCCAACUUAUUUUUAUAGUAAAACAAAGCUCCUGUACUACCACUUUGUUGCUGGUGGGCACAUGUGGAGCGGAGCUUGUGCCCUGUCGGACAGCACAGUGGUUAGAGCAGGUCUGGCCCUGCAGGGUGGGAGGGGCCCGCAGGCAGCUGGGAGCCAGGCCGCCACACUGCAGGGUCUGGGGAGAAGCUGUCCCAGCCUGGGGGGGGGGGGGGGGGGGGCCACAGAACAGGGUUUUUUAUCUGUUUUUACUUGGAGAGCUCAGAGCACCAGGGGAAUGUGGGAAAUCGAUAAAUAGAAACCAAGGCGGCGGCAGCAAGCUGUGUCAUUUUGUUUCCAACAGCCACGUUUCUCCCACCUUCCUCCAGCCACUGCUCAGUGGUUAGAAGUGCUUGGUGAUUCUGCAGACCCUCUUUCCAAUGCACUAUUUUUAUGUAAAAGGACGUGCAAUAUGAAGACCAUAGGAGCAGGCGGGGCUUUUAACAGACAGAAGCGCAUGGUUUCUGCACCGGGUGGUGUCGUGGCCUUGACCUGUGGUUGCUCUCGGCACUGGCCAGCCUCGCCGCGGGACAGCGUCCUGGGGAACCGCACACGCACGCUUCCCGCCCUGGAACCCUUGCUGUGGAGAGGGUGGCAGCGAGGGGAUUCCUUCUCCAUGUGGUGUGGUCACAGCUUUUGUUGGCGGCGGGUGUUCCACCGAGUGCACUUCCCCGUGCUCGGCCGCCUGGCACUGAGCUGACGGCGGGCAUUCCCAGGUGCGGGUGCGGAGGUGGAGGGCGGGUCUAUGAGCCAAACCCAGCCCCGUCCUUCCCAUCCCGGAGCUCAGCCAUUGAGGCGGCCGUGAGGGCAUGCGUGUUCAGCGUGUUUCCACUCGGAGCCCGGGUUCUCUGCGUGUCACCGCUGACUAAGCAGGGGCGGCGCUGCUGUAAGCCCGCUUCUCUGGCCGGUCCGCGUUGCUGGGGGCCGACGCUCGCUGUUAGCGGCUGACACGCCUGUCCCUGGCUGCUGCACAAGCCGCAGGGGGCCCAGGUCCUCAGGGCGGCCGAGCCAGCGGAGCUGGUUCACCAUCAGCUGAGAGCGUAUGAUGAACGGCUGUGAUAUUUCUAAUAAAGAUAUUUUGUUUCUG